AUGGUAGAGCACAGCGGUCUGGAUAUCAUGUGUCUGAACAAGUACUGUCACAGUUCCUCCUCGUCGUCCAGCUCCGAGCACGACAAGAAGAUUUUUACCAAAUUAAAACUCAAUCUGUCCGGGGACUACCCGAGGAAGAACGCAGAGAUUCUCAGCGGACAGUACGGGACCAAUCUGCUGCUGAUCGGGGCUGCGCUGAUGCUGGCCAUAGCGCACCAUGACUCCUUGGUCAAGGAAGUGCACCUGCUGUCCUUUAUCACCUGCCUCAUGAUCCUCCAGCUGAUCUGGAUGAUGUGGUACAUCCUGGUGCGGGACAGACAGAAGAACACGCGGACAGAGAAAGAUGUCCACGCCACCACAUGCUGGAUAAGAGGUGGUUUGACUCUCCUUGCACUCCUUUCACUGAUUAUGGACGCUUUCCGAAUCGGGUAUUAUGUUGGCUAUCAGUCUUGUGUGUCGGCUGUGCUCGGGGUAUAUCCUGUCAUCCAUGCAACUCACACCAUAGCGCAGGUGCAUUUCCUUUGGUUUCACAUCAAGGAUGUCAUCAAAAGCUUUGAAACAUUUGAGAGAUUCGGUGUAAUCCAUGCAGUCUUUACCAACCUCCUCCUGUGGUGCAACGGUGUGAUGUCAGAGGCCGAGCACUUCUUGAACAAUCAUAUGAGAAGACUCUCUGCCCUGGGCUACGGAAACCUCACCAUAGUGCACUCAGAGCCUCUUUGUAACUGCACCACCAGCACUUGCUCCAUGUUCACCAGCAGCCUCUACUAUCUCUAUCCCUUCAACAUCGAGUACCACAUCUUUGUCUCUGCCAUGCUCUUCGUCAUGUGGAAGAACAUCGGACGGACCAUUGACCUUUCUUCGAACCAGAAAAGGCUGGCUACCAAAACACAGGGCCUGUCUGUGGGCCCUCUUCUGGGUCUACUUGCCCUGGCCAGCACUAUUGGGAUCCUGGUGGUCUACAUCACCCAUGUGGAGUCCCUUCAAACACGUCAGUCAGCCAUUUCCAUGUUCUACAUUUAUGGCAUUGUCAUGCUGGUGUUCAUGUGCUUUGCCGGUGCCUCAGGUCUACUCAUAUACCGAGCAGACCACAUACCACUGGACACCUCCAAGAACCCGUCAAGACAGCUGGACACGGAGCUGCUGUUUGGAUCCUCUACCGGCUCCUGGCUUAUGUCCUGGUGCAGCAUAGUGGCUGUGUUAAGUUCCAACAGCAGCCCUCCUUACCUCUGGACAAACUUCAUCUACUCUCUGCUUAUUGUGUUGGAGAAGUACAUGCAGAACCUCUUCAUCACAGAAUCUCUUUACCGCCAGCAAGUGGAUGGAGAAAGGGAGGACCCAGAAUUACCAUCUGCUCCAGAAAUCUUCUCAGUGAAUUCCUCUUUAGCCCCACCGUACAACGGCAUCAUCAACCGAGCCUAUGAGACUCCAGACAGGCCCUGUGUCACCAUGGAGAACGAACAGGAAGAGAGCGGUCAGGUGUACAGGUGUCCGAGGAAACCAUCAGAGGUGCCACUGCCUGUGGGAAACAAAGUGGUGGAGCCUCCAAAUAUAAAAAGUCAAAUCCUGAAGAACAUUGCUGUCUUCCUGAUAAUGUGCAACAUUUCGCUUUGGAUCCUUCCCGCUUUUGGCUGCCGGCCACAGUACGACAACGGGUUGGAACAGGAGACAUUUGGCUUCAGCAUAUGGACAACGGUUCUCAAUUUUGCCAUUCCCUUGAACCUUUUCUACCGCAUGCACUCAGUUGCCUCCCUCUUUGAGGUGUUCCGCCGGGUCUGA